AUGGAAGAGACAAAUCAUACUCGUCUCGUCUCUACUGGUUUAGAGAUUAAUCAUUUGUAUCUGUUGCAUGUAUGUAUGCACCAAAUAUCUGAUAAGGACUGUGUGGUCCUCACUGAAAGCAUUAAAGCUCGACUGCAUCAUUGGUCUACUAAAUCUCUUAGUUAUGCAGGUAGAUUGGAAUUAAUCAGAGCAGUCAUAUUUAGCAUCAACAAUUACUGGUGCAGACAGUUAUUUCUGCCUUACUCUGUCCUUAAGAGGGUUGAACAAUUAUGCUCUCGCUUUUUCUGGAAAGGAGCCGACAAAACGACUUCUGGAGCUCGAGUAGUAUGGCAAAAUAUUUGCUCUCUGAAAUCUGAGGGAGGACUUGGUAUUAAAGAUCUAAAGACUUGUUACAAAGCUUAUUCUUUUCUGGAAAGAAAAGCAGAAUCUAAAGAAAUGCAUUCUAAAACGGAAGGUGACGAGAAUUACAUUACUGGCUACGAUGAAGAGUGUCUGCAGAUGUUAUUUUAUAGAGAAAUGAGCUUUGGAUUUAAAAAAAGUGAAUCUUUGGUGCUUUGUAACUACCUCAAAUCUGCUCGUUUGGAAGCUAUAACGUGGAUCCUGAGAGCAAGAGCAGCAUUUGGAUUUCGUUUCCAAACAGCGUAUUUAUCUAUGACUUAUUUUGAUCGAUUCCUUUCCAGAAAAUCCAUUGAUAGUGAAAAAUCAUGGGCAAUGCAGUUAUUGUCUAUAGCAUGCCUUUCAUUGGCUGCAAAGAUGGAGGAGAUGGAAGUUCCUGCACUUUCAGAGUUUCAAAUUGAAGGAUGCAACUUCGAUACUAAAACUAUUCAGAGAAUGGAGCUUUUAGUAUUGAAUACUUUGGAAUGGAAAAUGAGUUUAGUCACCCCAUUUGCCUUUCUUCAUUUUUUCAUUUGGGAAAUGUGCAAAUCAUCACCACCAGACAUGAAAGUCAUUACACAUCUCAUUUUGUUUACAAUCAAAGGUAGUUGUCAUUCACGCCAUCAAUAUUUUGAAUCCGUUCAGAUCCUCUCUGAGUUGAUUUUCCUUUCGUGUGUGUGUUUGAAUAUAGAGGUCAAUGUAAUGGAACAUCGACCUUCUGUUGUUGCUGUUGCCGCUAUAUUGAGAGCAUUGAAUCAAAGAUUAACAAGGAAAGCUUUGGAGUAUACGAUGAAUUCUGUUUCUUUUUGUGGAUUUCUUGAAAUUGAAGGUGUGUUUACAUGCUACAAUUUGAUGCAGAAACUAGAGAUGAGAGAAUUUGAUAUGCAAACUAGUGUAAAUUUGCCAGACUUAUCACCAACCAGGGCAACCGAUGCCAUGGUCUAUUCUUCGACUUCUGCCAAAAGAAGAAGGCUUACAAAAUGA